AUGUUACAAGAAGUUGUUUACUGUGGUAUUUGUUCAUAUCCACCUGAAUAUUGUGAAUUUUCAGGUAAAUUGAAAAGAUGUAAGGUAUGGUUGUCUGAAAACGACACUGAAUUGUAUGCCAAGUUGUAUGGUAAUGAAAUCGACGAAGAAGUUGCUAACGCAGCUAACAAAUUGGGUUCUAGUAGUAUUGGUGAAGCAAGAGAAGAAAAAUUAGAAAAAGAUCUAUUGAGGCUACAAGCUAAACAGGAAAACAGGGAACAAAGAGAAUUGGCCAAGAAAUUGUCUUCUAAAGUAGUGAUCAAAAGAGAAGCUAGAACUAAGAGAAAGUUUAUUGUUGCUAUAUCUGGUUUGGAAGUUUUUGAAAUUGAUAUGAAAAAAUUAGCCAAGACUUUUGCAUCCAAAUUCGCUACCGGUUGUUCUGUUUCUAAGAAUGCUGAAAAAAAGGAUGAAAUUGUCAUUCAAGGUGACGUCUUGGAGGAAGUCGAAAAAUACAUCCACUCUUUAUUGGAAGAAAAAGGUUUGAAGAAUGUCAAGUUGGAAAUCAUCGAUUCACAAAAGAAAAAGAAGAAACCAACUGAUGAAGCCAAUUCAAACAACAACAACAACAACAACAACAAAUAA